AUGGGAGGAAACGGAAGAGCCAAAAGUAUUGAAUCCGCUGAGAUGGGACGAAAUUGUCAGAGGAAGUUGAUGGACAAGUUACAUGGGAAUGGAGGAGUUGUGAGUCCGACCAAGGAGGGUCAGUUCUUAUGGGCAGGAGGACAUGGAGUUGAUCAAUCUACUUCUGGGGAUCCUCCAUUGCCUGAACAUGUUGCUAAUCCUCGAUUGUGUGCAGUGAGCACGUUUGAGCAGAAAUCUUUCAUCGGAAUCAGAAAUGGGUCAUGGUAG